AUCACAUAGUCAUAUAAGGGAAAAUUGUAAAUAAUCAAAAAGGAUGGAGAGUACUUACGGCAGAGUGCAAAUUAAAAAGACGACGAGAUCAAUGAUCAUAAAAACCUUUGUACAUACAGAACAGAGAAUCUACAGAAGGAUAUCUUUUAUGUGAUAACGAUGUUUCCUUGUGUCCUGAAAUAGUUAUGACAAAUCUAUGGUAUUAAUGUGUCAUCCAGUUACUUAGCUUGCUAAGGAACCUAGCUAGCCACCCAUCCAUCUAUUCUCUGAUUUUGAGAAAUCUAAACAACAAAUAUGACUGAAGAAGCCGACCAGUCGACUGCAAUUAUCGCUUUGAAAUCAACAUUUCUAUGCAUGUGUAUCAUUGUGGCAUUUAUUGGAAAUGUUAGUGUAUUGUAUGCAAUUAAAACAUUCAGUAAGCUAAAAUCAAUGCCGAACUAUUUUGUUUUUAAUCUAGCUAUUGCUGAUCUGUUAUUUUGUAUAACUGGUAUGCCAAUGAUUCUUGUUACAACAUUAGCAGAAGGAUGGAUUUUAGGUGAUUUUCUAUGCAAUGCAAGUGGCUUCUUAAACUCUUUGUUAUGUACUGUGUCAAUAUGGACUCUUGCUAUGAUUAGUGUUAACAGGUACUUUGCUGUGGCAAAAGCAAGAAAUAUUAAAAAGAUUUACACUAAGAAAAGGAUUUUUUAUAUAAUAGGAUGUAUAUGGUUGUUUUCCAUAGUUGUAUCUGCUCCACCAUUAUUGGGUUGGAGUGAAUUUAUACCAGGAUCUAACUUUUGUACAGUGAAUGGUAAAAAGCAUCUUUCUUAUGCUGUAAUAUUACUCAGUUUGGAUUACAUUUUGCCUUUGAUAGUUUUAAGUGGCUUGUACAUGCGAAUAUUUUUUCUCUUGAAGAAACACGAAAGGCUUAUGAAUCAAUCACAAUCCAAUGUUGGUGCUGGUGGAAGUAAAGAUUAUAACGAAUCCUCUUUUACAUCGGAUGCUGAUUCCAUUGCUUCUACGCAAGAAUAUUCAGUGAAAAAAGAUUUUAGUCAUAAGGAGAAAAAAAUAUUAGCAGAAUUUACUCAGAAAAAUAACAAUGAAAAACCAGAAGAUAAAGCAACUAUCAUAAAUAGUAAAGUUGAAUCUCUUCAGAUUAAACCUGUCGAGGAAGAUGUCAACAAUAAAAAUGGCAGCUCAAGAAAAUACAAGUCUGUUAGUAUUAAAGAUAAUCAUAACGUUGUUACUACAAGUCCUGUUAUGCGACGCAAGAAAAAAGGCACUGUUAUUCGUAGGUUUUUCAAAGAGGCCAGAGUCACCAAAAUGUUACUUAUUGUAGUUAUGGCGUUUUUCUUAUGUUGGACUCCCUUUAUUAUUGCCUCUGCAAUGUACGGCCUUGGUGUUGCGCCUACGUCAUUUCAGUUUUUGACUCUUGGAAUUAUGUUGGCAUGUUUGAACAGUGUGAUUAAUCCAAUUAUUUAUGCGGUGAUGAAUAGAAAUUUCCGCUAUGCUUUUCAAACAAUGUGGAGAAACUUUAGAUCUUUAAUUUAUGCUAGAUAACAUAUAUAAAUUAACAUGCACCAAAGAGUAUAAAUUUAAUUUUUCUAACUGAUGUUUUUUUUCUUUGAAUAUCAUUGAAUUGUAUAUAUAUAUAUAAAAUAAAUACUUUUUGAGUGUUUUGUUUUUGUGAUUUUUUAUCACUCUUGUUUUUAUAUUUAUAUUCCAUAGACUCAAAAUAUAAAAAGUCAUUUCCAUUCAAUGUAUGUGCGUUUUAUUAAUUAUAGCAAAGACAUGAAGUAAAAUAUAGAUAUAGUCUAUAUUAAUUCAUGUCCGAAUCUUUCGAAAUUUGUAUUAUGAAGUAAAAGACUAAAGGUUUUGUUUUUGUGUUUUAGUAUGCAUAUAAUUUUAAUGUAAAAAAAAGAUUUUGCAAUCAAUUUUUUAUAAAGUCAUCACUGAAAGUUAAUGCAAUCUUUAUUGUCAAUAACAUUCUAUUUUAUGUCAUUCUCGUCUAGACUUAUGUUGACAUAACUGGUAUUAAAUACAAAAAAAAGCUUUUAUAUUCUUUAUAAGUAAAAUCCAACAUUGAGACUGUGCUGGACAUAAAAUUACAUAUGUAUAAUCAUUCACAAAAAUAAAAGUUUUUUAAAAACCAUAAAUAAUAAAUGCUUCAAUAAAAUGACAAGAGAAUUUAUCUAAUUGUUCAACUUUUUGAGGGGGUGUUUAUUUGAGCAUUUAUUUUCAAAAAAACGUUUUGUAUUUAUGUCAUUAAGGCAGAUUACAUAUUAAGACAGUGUGUGUAGCUAGUCUUAAAAUCUGGAGAUUGUCAAUGUUAAUUAUGCAGAUUAACCUUAAUUAUGCAGAUUAAUUUUAAUAUGAUUAAGUAAGUUAAUUGCAUUGAAAAGACCAUAUUCACAUUAAAAUUGUUGCUAGAAAGAGGGAGACCUUAAGUACAAUUUUCAAAUUAAGUAAAGGUUCAAUUUGAGCGAGCAUUUGAAAAAAGAUGCUAACUUUGUAUUAUACCUUAAUUAUUGCUGCGCCGAAAUUAAUCUGCUAUGAAUAAGGGUUUAAAAAGGUACAGCCAAAAAAAGAUAUUAAAUGCAGUAAAGUUUAUGAUUAUACCAUAUGUUGUCGAUUUAGAAUGACAGGCUGUCAAUCGUUUUACUUUUUCAUAUCUUUGUGACAAAUAUAUCAGGUUUUAUGGUUUAGUAAGGAAUCUUUACUCGUUAGUUAUGUGUAAAUUUGGUUGGUCAUAAUUUUUUUUUGUCAAGAUAAAAACUGUAUGUACAUGAUGAAAAUAUUUUUUUUAUAUGAAUUGUAGAAAAUCUUUUUUAAAUGUAUUGUAGAGAAUAUUUUCUUUAUAUGAAUUGUAGAUAGA